AUGGUUUCACGACAAAAAGGCAAAUCGAGCGGUGCUUCUGCCAGUGCAGCCUCGCCGGCGGAUCAGCUUUCGCCAUCAGGCACCACUCCCCGUAACGUGUUUCGGACGGAAGAGGAUGAUCUCGACGAUGGAUCCGGUUCGAAUCCACUCAAGCGACGAUUCGACGAUGGAGUAGUAGACUAUCCACGGAGGCGAGCCACAAUUGCGUGCGAGGUGUGCCGCUCACGCAAGUCGCGCUGCGACGGCAAUCGGCCAAAAUGCAAGCUAUGCGCCGAGCUCGGUGCCAACUGUGUUUAUCGCGAGCCGGGAGUGAAGCUCGAUGCCGGCGACAAAAUGAUCAUGGAGCAGCUCAACCGCAUCGAGGGUAUGUUACAGACAAACAUGUCGCAGCAGGCGGUUCGGGGUAGCAUCGCCACAAACCCGUCGCAGCCAUCUCCUGCCAUAAGUAGCGCCGCGGCCGUUUUAAGUCCCGACGGGCCCUUUCCGACGACAAAUAGCUCUGGAAAGGCUGUGCCCAUCAUCCUCAACGGCGGACUGGGAACCUGGGCGAGCAGUGCGGCGGCGGGGACAAACAUCUCGACGAUGCCCAAGUGUCACACCAAUGCCGCAUUCCACCUGCUACAGUGGCCGUUGAUCCGGGACUUGGUACCUCGUCAGUACGAUCCACAGAUACUCGUUCAGCUCGAGAUGGAGCGUGAGCCCUUGCACUCGCUCGCCAAGACGCCGGCCGUCGACCUGUCCAACACGCAGGCCUACAUCGAGGCGUACUUUGCCAAGGUAAACGUCUGGUACGCGUGCGUCAACCCGUACACGUGGAAGGUGCAGUACCGCGCCGCCCUCUCCAACGGAUUCCGCGAGGGCCCCGAGAGCUGCAUCGUGCUGCUGGUGUUGGCGCUCGGGCAGGCGAGCCUCGGCGGGCACAUUGCCAGCCUCCCGCGCGGCGACGACCCGCCCGGGCUGCCGUAUUUCACGGCCGCCUGGUCGCUUCUGCCCGGCAUGCUGACGGCCAAUAAUGCUGUCGCGGCGCAGUGCCACCUGCUGGCCGCCGCCUACCUCUUCUACCUCGCGCGGCCGCUCGAGGCCUGGAGCCUGCUGGGCAGCGCCAGCGCCAAGCUACAGCUACUACUCAUGGCGCCCGCCAGUCGCGUCCCGCCCGGCCAGAUGGAGCUGGUCGAGCGCAUCUACUGGAACACGCUGCUCUUCGAGAGCGACCUGCUCGCCGAGCUGGACCUGCCGCACUCGGGUGUGGCGCAGUUUGAGGAGCAGGUCGGGCUGCCGGGAGGCUUUGCUUCCGAUGGCGAGGAUGACGAACAGCAGGACCGCGUCGGCGCGGACGAGCUCUGGUACUUCCUGGCCGAGAUUGCGCUGCGCAGGCUGCUGAACCGCGUCAGCACGCUCCUCUACUCGGACGACGCUUUUGUCAGGCCGCCUAACCUGGGCCACAUGGUCAAGGAGCUCGACUACCAGCUCACGCAGUGGUACGAGAGCCUGCCGCCGCCGCUGCAGUUUUCGUUUGCGCGCGUGCCGCUGCAGGACCCUGUGCAGACCGUUUUGAAGCUGCGGUAUUACGCGUGCAAGGUCAUCAUCUAUCGCCCGUACAUACACUGCGUCUUGGAGGAUGCGCGGGGGUUCGCGGAGCCCGUCGUCCGAGAAGGCUGUCUGAAGUGCCUGGACGCCUCGGUGCGACAGCUGGAGCACAUAUCUGAGCAUCAUGCUGGCCACAUGCCAUAUACCUGGCAAGGUGCGCUUUCCAUGGCCUCGCAGUCGUUACUCAUCAUGGGCGCAACAAUGUCUCCGUCGCUGCAAGGUCUCGUUCUGGGCCUAGUUCCCAAUAGAGCAGCUCUAGAUCGGAUUAUUCAAGACGUCAUUGACGAACUUGGUCGCUAUGCUGUCCUUGCGCCGAGCAUCAACCUGGCGGCCGAUAUUGUCAAGGAGGCGGAGCUGCGGCGGCGUGCGUUUUUAAGCGUAGAACCGCAGACUCUCUAG